ACCGUGCGGCUCGGUGCUCAGCUUUUCAUGAGUCGCUUCUGCUCUGGUGCUCGGCUUCCUGUUUAAUGCACAGCGAAAAAGUAAAUUUUCUCAACAUAAAAAUCCUGGUGAAUCGAUUAAAAUGGAGACUCGUUCAACGAACAAUGUUUCCAGUAUAAAUUGCGCCGAUAGAGGUCCGAAUAUCUGUCGGAUUUGUUUGGUCAGUGGUGGUGCUCUACUCGAAAAUGACUAUUCCAAGGGAAUGGAUUCGAUUUUCAGCACUGUCGGUGAAUAUGAGAAUAAAAGCUUGUACGGCAUCCUGGUGACUGUUUGUAAUCCGCUCGGUCAGCGAGAGAUGCUGAAAGGGGUACCAGAACGAAUCUGCCGCAACUGCAAGUGGCGUUUACUGUCUGCCUAUGAACUGUACGAGACUUGCUUGCGAAGCGAUGACAAAAUGCGAGCGGCUGUUGAGGCCAAAAGACAGCAAGAGCAACCGCAACAGAUUCAAAUCAAGCAAGAAUUCUCGGAUCGUGAUGAGCAAGAGUACACUCAUGAUGUUUCCGCCGGUUUUGAAAAUAUGUCGGCGUUCAUGUCUGAGAAUAGCUACUAUCCUGAAGCGGAGAGUACACAUUAUAUAGAGCAAUCAGCCGAUUUGCUAGAGGAAAUGGUUCCGGCAAUUGAUCCAAACGAAUCAUUGUUCGAAGAGCACUACAAAUUAAAUGAAAAGGGAAAUCAUAGCUGCGGAAUAUGCAAUCAAGAGUUUCCAUAUAAAAGUACUUGUCGGACCCAUAUUAUUGUGAAGCACGAUCCCUCAAAGCCGUUCAAAUGUGACGUUUGUCACUUUACGCUAACGACGGAAAUUCGACUUAUCAGACAUAAAGCGACAACUCACGGCGUUGGUGUGUUAAAAAUUGAAGACGCUGUGCCAGAAGAAUCGACGGGUGAUACAAUAUAUACUUGCAAGAUUUGUUCCAAAGAAUUCAAUUCGAUUGUGCGUUUUAAACGACAUAAGAACGUUCACGUGGCAUACAACAGGCCAUUCAAAUGCGAAAUUUGCUUGUAUCGAUUUCCGACCCGAGCUCAGCACACGCAGCAUUUGAAGACACACCAAGAAAAGUCGGACGAUGGUGAACCAGGAUCCGAGCAAGAAGAGUGGAAGUGUGAUCACUGCGAAGAGAAGCUUCCUGGUAAGCGAGCUCUCACAAUGCACACGCGUCGAUUCCACCCGGAAACACUUCAGAACGAAAAAGAUAAAAAUGAGUACAAAUGUAUCAUCUGUUCCGAGGAAUUUGCUCGAGAAAGUGUUCUAAAUACGCACAUGAAAAUGCACGAACUGCUGGCACUAGAAAAGGAGAAAGAACAACGUAAAGCGCUAGAAUUGCUGAUGAAGGCUGAACUGCAAGCUGCUAAAAAGGAGUCGGAAUUAUACACCAUUCCCGCCGUCGAUAGUAACGAAAACAAUGCUACUGCGAAUACCAACAACAACACUGUAAAUGCGAAGAAAAAGAGCGACGCAGACGUUGCUUUUGUCUGUAUGGUUUGCGAGGAGGAAUUUGAAGAGCGCGAUUUUUUGCUGAAACAUCAGAAAAAAUUGCACAAUGAACUGCAGCUCAAUAUUGUGCCCGGUGGUGUUGAGAAUGCUGAUGAUGCAGACGCAUCAAUGGGUCUAGAAAAGGAAGACGAAUUUAACAAUGACGCAUCAAAAGACUCUCCUGAAGAUGAACCAAUGGUCGUUGAUAUCGACCCGGUCGAGCUGAUGUCGCAAUCACAGUCAGAAAAUGACCCGGCAAAAAAUUCUGCUGUGCCACCAAUAAUGCCGAAGUGUCAUCUCUGCCAAAAAUCCUUCAUGUACAACUGUCUGCUGCAGACUCACAUUAAGAAAAGCCAUAGCGAGUCCAAGCCGUUCGAAUGCAAAGUGUGUCACAUGCGGUUCGGCUAUCGGGGAACUCUUCAGAAGCACGAACUGCUACAUUCCGCACAGAACAUUCGUCCGGGUGGACACGGUUCCAUUAUGUACAAAUGCAAAAUUUGCCUUGCAAAGUUUUUGGAGCUCAAAGCACUUACUUUCCAUUUGCGAAGUCACCGCAAUUCGUUGCAUGUGGAACCGACCCACACGAAGAAGAUUGAGAUAUUCCAGUGCACCUACUGUCCGCAAAUAUUCAAUGACAAAGAAGCAUUCGAUGAUCACCUGAUGAAAAAUCAUCGCCAGAUGCUACCUCAGCAGACUACAACCAAAGUACAGCCGACGUCUGCAGCAGCACCCGCACAGACCCAAAGCCACCAUCAUUCUCGGAAAAAUCCCGACCCGAAGCGAUUGGCAGAGCGGGUACCAAAGGAUGAGAAGGAACUGUUCUUCGAUAGCCUUGCGAUUGUCAAGGUUGAACGCCAAUAGGAAUCGGUUUUAAGCAAUUAAGAUUGAAAUGCGUGCCUAUUUGUAAGCACAUGUACACUGUAUGUAAGGAAGACAAAAUGUUUCAUUCGUAGUACUGGUUAGUACAUAGGUUUUAUUAACUUUGAAGCCAUAAUGAAGUAGACCAUUAUAUGAUGCAAAUAUUUGACUAGCCCAGAGGAUAGGUGUUUAUGGUGUUACCGGAACAAAUAUUACAGGUGUAUUAUAAAUCAUUGACCUCACGAGAUGUGGUAUUUGUGAACGACUUGAUAAGUGUAUUGAUAAAUAUACUAGAAAUGUAUUAUGAA